AUGAAUCAAGUGUUUCCUGGAGUAUGGGCCUCCAAUGUACCAGGGAGAGCGAAAAAUGCACUUCCUAUAGUAAUCAAACUUAAGGAAGGGAAACAACCCGUUAGAAUUAAACAGUACCCCCUGAAAAAGGAAGAUAGGGAAGGAAUUAGUCCCGUAAUUGAAAACUUUUUGCAAUUAGGGCUGUUAAAGGAGUGCCAGUCUGAGUUCAACACUCCCAUUUUGCCAGUCCGGAAACAUGAUGGAUCAUACCGGAUAGUACAGGAUUUAAGGGCUGUUAACAAAAUAACUGAGGACCUCUAUCCUGUGGUAGCAAAUCCAUACACUCUGUUAACAUGCCUGACACCUGAGCUAACUUGGUUUACUGUUUUAGACUUGAAAGAUGCCUUCUUUUGCCUCCCUAUCCAUGAGGACAGCCAGAAAAUUUUUGCAUUUGAAUGGGAAAACCCCAAAAGCGGGCGCAAAUCCCAGCUCACAUGGUCAGUUCUACCUCAAGGUUUCAAGAACUCUCCCACUCUGUUUGGGGAGCAACUUGCCAAAGAUUUGGAAUCCUGGGAGGCUCCCCCGGAAGAGGGAAAGUUACUGCAGUACGUGGACGACAUCCUCAUAGCUACCCGAACGAAAGAGGCAUGUGUAGCCUGGACAGUAAGUCUUCUAAAUUUCCUGGGACUACAGGGGUACAGGGUAUCAAAGAAAAAGGCCCAGGUUGUGAAGCAAAAGGUAAUCUACCUGGGUUAUGAAAUCAGUGCGGGACAGCGGACCCUAGGGCAAGAUCGCAAAGAAGCGAUAUGCCAAACCCCGAGGCCUCAAACGGUAAAGGAACUGCGGACAUUCUUAGGAAUGACGGGAUGGUGUAGGCUCUGGAUACACAGCUAUGGGUUGCUCGUGAAACCUCUGUAUGCACUCAUUACAAAUGGGAACAGAAACCUCCAGUGGACAAAAGAGGCCACGCAAGCCUUUCAUCAGCUGAAGAAUGCUCUAAUGUCAGCCCCGGCUCUUGGACUCCCGAAUGUAAGUAAACCGUUUUUCCUGUUCUCCCAUGAAAAGCAGGGAAUCGCCCUGGGGAUACUGGCCCAGGACCUGGGUCCAUACCGGAGAGCAGUUGCUUACUUUUCCAAGCAACUAGACACAACAGCCAAGGGAUGGCCGGGAUGCCUCAGAGCUGUUGCAGCCGUGGUGCUGAAUAUUCAAGAGGCACGCAAAUUCACUCUGGGCCAGAAAAUGACCGUAUUUGUGUCUCACACAGUGUCUGCAGUCUUGGAAGUAAAGGGCGGGCACUGGCUUUCCCCACAAAGGUUCCUGAAAUAUCAAGCCAUCAUGGUAGAACAAGACGAUGUAGAGAUAGUUGUAACUAACAUUAUCAACCCAGCUUCUUUCCUCAGUGGGAAUCAAGGGGAGCCAGUACACCACGACUGCCUGGAGACCAUCGAAGCCUCCUACUCCAGCCGCCCGGAUCUGAAGGACACCCCUUUGGAUGAUGCAGAAACCUGGUUCACUGAUGGGAGCAGCUACGUCAUCAGUGGAAAGCGACAUGCUGGGUAUGCAGUUACCACCUGCAGAAAGGUAAUAGAAUCUGGACCCUUACCAACAGAUACCUCUGCACAAAAGGCUGAGAUAAUCGCUCUAACCCGUGCUCUAGAGAUCGCGAAAGGAAGGAAAGUAAACAUUUAUACAGACUCAAGAUAUGCAUUUGGGGUUGUACACGCACACGGAGCCAUUUGGAAAGAAAGGGGACUGUUAAACUCACAAGGGAAAAACAUCAAGCAUUCUCAGGAAAUAUUGCGGCUACUGGAAGCAGUCCAGCUACCUGAGCAGGUAGCAAUUAUGCACAUCAAGGCACACCAGAAGGUGAGCUCUGAAUUGGAGGAAGGAAACGAGCUGGCGGACAGAGAGGCAAAAGAAGCAGCAAAAGGUGAGAUAACGAUCGAGGGAGCCUUAAUUCCUGAUGGACAGGUCUCCCUGGAAGGUAAGCCAGUAUAUACCAGAAAAGAUAGAAAAUUAAUUCAGGAUCAAGGAGGAAAGUAUAACCAAGAGGGAUGGGCUAUUACUGCAGUGCCGAGCGUGGCAGCUCUGGGGAAAUGGUUGGACUCGACGGUCUCGGAGCUUGUCCAGCGGCACGGGCCUGUGAUGGCACGAUUCCCUGAGGCCCUUGCCGGGCACUGCCACGGCUCCCAGCGCCAGCUCGUCUUAACAAUUUUUGGGAGCUCGUCCGGGAUCUGGCCACGCCUGAAGAGGGACCGAAGAUGGGACGGCCGCUCACCCUUCGGACCUCCGGGACAGGUGGCCAAGCGGGAGCAGCCUGGGACCGGUAACGACGAGGAGCGCCAGAGGGUGAGCAUUCCGGCGGCAGGUAAAGGAGACGUGCGAGUGGGAGUUCGAAAGGAGUGGCGCCUCCUGGGGGACUGUAUGUUAGACUGCCUUGAUAUAGAAUACGAUGAAGACAUUGCGGAACUCUUAUUGCAGUUGAAAUUAUUUGAGAGAGCUGUAUUUAAGUCGACUCCUUACAGUUCGAAGGCUGAGAGCCCCAGUCCGAAGCGGGACGGAGAGCUGGGAGGGGACGGGGUCGUUAUCGUUGAGCCGGCUGCAGGCGCCGAGGUGUUUAAGUUCACCGCAAAUGGGGACACGGCCGAAAUGUGGCCGGUCUUUGACAAGGGCAGAAAUUCUCGCGCUGUUGGCUCUUCAUCAACAGUUUGGACGCUACCCCCUUGUCAGGUGACCGGAAUUGAUGAGCCCUUCCUGUACUUUGCAGGGAGGUUAACUGCCGCGGUUGAGAAGCAGGCAACAGUGCAUGUGAAUGGUCAGCCGUUGGGCAAUUCGGGAAAUGCGACGCAGAGCGCGAAG